CAACCAAACUUGCCGCGUUUGCCCAUUCCGUCGCUCGAAGAAACUAUAACCAAGUUUCCCAGCUAUGUGGCGGCGCUACAGACGCCUGAGCAACAGACCGAGACGCGACGACUCUGUGACGACUUUCUGCAAGGGGUGGGUCCCAAACUACAGCAAGCCCUCCUAGAAUACGAACAGGAGGGUAUUGAACACGGAACCCGCGGAAGCUAUAUUGAAGAAUUUUGGAACGAAUCCUAUCUAGCUCCGGAUGAAUCCGUCGUGCUAAAUUUGAAUCCAUUUUUCGUACUGGAGCAAAGCCCUGAUCCCAAAAUUGCCAAGGAUCAGCUCCGACGGGCCGCUAGUCUUACCUUUGCCUCGGUCAAGCUCGCUAGUCUCCUCCGCCACGAAACUCUCACGCCCGAUAUUUUUCGAGGCAAACCCUUGUGCAUGGAUCAAUUCAAGGUCCUGUUCGGAUCGGCCCGUCAGCCCGGAGGCAAGCAAGUUUGCGAUCAAGUCACGGUCUAUAACGAUAGCACCCACGUCGUCGUCUUGUGUCAGAAACAAUUUUACUAUUUUCCGGCACUCUGGCCUGAAUCAGGCCACGUGGCAGUGGACGAAGCCGACAUUCUUGAUAUUUUAACGGCCAUCCGCUUGCACGCUGCCAAAACGGAUCCGGAAGAAGCCAGCAAAACGGCACUCGGGGUUUUGACCUCUUUACCCCGAUCGGAAUGGUCCACAGUCCGCGACGAGCUCUGUUUGGAUCCGGUCAAUUGCGCUGCCCUCCAUUUGAUUGAUUCGGCACUCUUUGUCCUCGUCCUGGACGACUUUACCUCAUCCUCCGACCACGCUCUGGCUGGAAACAUGCUCCACGGAACCAACGUUCUACCCGAUACAAUCGAUGGUUACCAAGAGGGAAGUUGUUUGAACCGAUGGUACGACAAGUUACAGCUUAUUGUCUGUAAGGAUGGUAGCGCCGGGGUCAAUUUUGAGCACUCUGUGAUAGAUGGCCACACAGCGCUACGUUUUGUGUCGGAUGUAUUUGCGGAGACAGUUGUUAUUUUCGCCGAGUCAAUUACAGCACUUAUUUACGGGAAAGGUCGAGUGCCUCAUGUGGUGGAAGCCCAAGUGGAGCGUGCCGCCAAUACAACGGAUGUACAUGGACGACCGUUACUUGAUGUCUUUCCGAAGAAGCUACUCUUCAAUCUAUCUACGUUUGCCUUAGAACGAAUUCACUACGCGGAAACGGCCCUUUGUGAUCAAAUAUGGUCGUGCGAUACCCACGUCCUCGAGUCUCAAACUUACGGGAAGUCGCUGAUUGUGGCGAACAAAUUGUCGCCUGAUUCGUUUGUACAAAUGAGCAUCCAUCUCGCCUAUUACGAGAUGUACGGCCGACUUGUUUGUGGAUACGAGCCGGUCUUGACCAAGUCUUACUUCCACGGGAGGACCGAGGCUGUCCGCAGUGCCACUCCGCAAGUCAAGAAGCUCUGUGAGCUGUGGACGGACAAGGCGGCUUCUCCGGCUCAGCGACUCGAGGCUUUACGCGAAGCAACACAGGAACAUUCGCGGCUUGUCAAAGAGGCGGCGCAGGGCAAAGGUGUUGAUCGCCACUUGUUUGCGCUCAGGUCACUGGCCGCGCAUCAGAAUUUGCCCAUCCCUGAGUUUUUUCACAGCGAAGCAUGGCGACUACUGAAUCACACCAUUUUAUCCACGUCAAACUGUGGUAAUCCGGCCCUGAAGCUCUUCGGGUUUGGCCCCGUUGUCCAUGAUGGCUUUGGGAUUGGCUACAUUAUCAAAGAUAACGGAAUUUCUUAUUCAAUCAACAGUAAACACCGUCAGACGGCUCGAUACGUACGGACGCUCGAGGGUGUCCUACACAAGCUCAGACUGUUGUUC